AAAAGCCAUCUCAGCUAUCUCGAUCCCUGUCUUUGGAAAGGAUAACACAGAAAAAGGCCAGCACCUGCCUCCCUUCCUUGCUCGAUUUUUGGGACGAACAGCUUGUUCCCAGUCGUUGGUGUUUUGCGAAGGGAAGAUGGUCUCUUUGGUGUCUCGGCAAGGAAGGCAGCUGCAGCGCUACACCAGCUGCGGGAAACGUCUUAUCGUCGGGUGCAUUCCCUACAAGGUCAAGAAGAUUGAUAGGAUAUGUGAACAUAACAUCAAUCAAGUCGUCGAGGUUCUUGUUGUCACCUCCCAGAAGACGAGAGAAGAAAUCAUGUUCCCCAAGGGAGGUUGGGAGGUUGAUGAGACGAUAACACAAGCAGCUCGUCGUGAGGCAUUUGAGGAAGCUGGAGUGCAAGGACUCGUCGAGGAUAGCCUUGGGAAAUGGAGAUACAAGAGCAAAAGCCAUGAUAAGAUUCAUGAGGCUGUCAUGUUCCCUUUGAAUGUUACGGAGGAGCUGUACUACUGGCCUGAGAAAUCUGUGCGAACUCGGAAAUGGAUCAACGUAGCAGAAGCAAUGGCGGAGUGCAACCAGUCGUGGAUGAAGGAAGCGUUGGAUCGACUGGUGAAGCGGCUCUCGACUUCGAGCUUGGAGGAGAUGACAUCAACAUAGCUCGCCUCCUGCGACUGCACUUGCAAUCAACUGUAGCUUCUUCCUGUAGAUAUAUUGGGCAGAUUACAAAGCAAAGAAAGGAAUAGGCAAAUAAAUUAUCAUUCUUUUAUUCUUGUAUCAUCAUUCUUGUAUUUGUCUAUGCCUGAAGUUAAUUAUAUUUUUAUGAGAAUUUUCCCUUCA